CCAUCACACAGUUUCCCACCUUCAUGCAUAGUUCAAACGGAAUACAUCAUUGUGCACAUAAAAACUUCCUGUUUGUGUUGGCAUCAAAUGAAACAUCUGGCUAAACUUAAGUGGGUGCUGUUCACCGCCAAGUUGAAGGUUGCCACUGAUAAAUACGAGAAAGCCGCCGUGAGCUCCAGAGGGCUGGAAGUCAACGGUGGUGAUAUGGUGCAAGCACUGCGCAAAAGGGAGGUUCAUCAGCUUUUAUUUGAUGUUCUCGAUGCCUUGAAUCUUCAUGCCCUCGAAUGUCAACAUGGACUGAUCCCGGUAGAGAUUGGCUAAACUGGGCUGAUUGGAAUCGAAGGUGUUGUAGUAGUGUGUGACGAAAGCCUGGCACAGAGCGUCUCGAUCCAUUUCCGCGAUUUCGAUCUCCUCCUGUUUGCAGAUCAGUCGAAGCCUUCGCUUUGUUUCUCCCACUUCACUUCUUAUGGAUCGGCGCUUGCGG